CGGUGGGGAAGUUCAAGAGCAGAUCACCUUUUUGUCUUCGCCAGCAGCAAAGAUGUCUCCGUCUUUUGAACCUUUGAAGAAUGAUUUGUUGCUUCGAACAGCAAGAGGGGAGAAGGUGGAAAGGGCGCCUAAGUGGGUGAUGCGACAAGCCGGUCGUUAUCUUCCCGAAUAUCACAAAGCGAAAGGAAACCGUGACUUUUUUGCCUGUUGUCGUGACCCUGAGGUAGCUUCGACUCUGACGUUGCAGCCCAUCGAGCGGUAUGAGGGACUCAUUGAUGCCGCCAUUAUUUUUUCCGACAUCCUUGUUAUUCCCCAGGCCAUGGGAAUGCUUGUGGAAAUGGUUGAUAAGAAGGGGCCACACUUCCCUAACCCGCUAAAGUCACCGACCGAUGGGCAAUACCAAGAGAUCAUGGACCGAAAAGUUGAUGUGAAGGAAGAGUUGGACUACGUCUACAAGGCUAUCACCCUGACAAGACAGAAAUUAAAGGGAAGGGUACCUUUACUAGGUUUCUGUGGCGCUCCUUGGACACUCAUGAGCUAUAUGGUUGAGGGCGGUGGAAGUAAACUCUUCAUCCAGGCCAAGACGUGGAUUUAUAAAUACCCAGAGGAGAGUAAGGCGUUGCUAUUGAAGAUCUCACAACUCUGCGUUGAGUAUCUCGCCUUACAGGUACUUGCCGGAGCCCAGAUGAUCCAAGUGUUUGAUUCAUGGGCGUCUGAGCUGUCUCCGUCGACUUUCAAGGUCUUCUCGCUUCCUUAUCUUCGAUAUAUCGCUGCCAAUCUUCCGAGGCGCUUGGAGGAGCUUGGUCAUAAACCAGUUCCGAUGACAAUUUUCGCCAAGGGCGCUUGGUAUGCGCUGGACGAUCUCUGCGAGUCCGGGUACGAUGUCGUUGGAUUAGACUGGCUGCAGGAUCCGGCCGCAGCCGUCAAGAUAGCCAAAGGGAGAGUCGUAUUGCAGGGAAAUGCGGACCCCGGAAUUCUUUACGGAGACCGAGCUGCUAUCUCUCAGACUGUCAAGGAGAUGGUCCACGGCUUCGGAGGAGGAAAGAAAGGAUGGAUCGCAAAUCUUGGCCACGGUAUCACACCAUUUGUCGACCCAGAGCAAUUGAAGUUUUACUUUGAAGAGAUUCACCGUUUGACUUCGAGUGCAUAAACGAUAUACGAGAGCGGACAUUGCACCAUUUGUGGUGUACACUACACAAGGAGCUGCCAUUCCAUAUAAAAAAUCAUCAUUCGGGAAUGAAAACGGUCUAUUUAAAUACAUUCCACUCACUACACAUCUGAGAUGCUGUUCAGCGGACAUAUACUUGAACGCGUUAUGCUUAUUCGCCAAUAUCUUCAUACCUGUAAUUAUACUAAUCAGCUAAAGACGAAGUAUUUAAAGUGGAUGGCCUAGAUCAUACCAGAGCUGGGGCUUAUCGUGAAUGAAUUGGGCCAUCAACUGCUUACACUCUGAAUUGUUGAGGUUGAUGACCUCGAUGCCUCGCUUUUUGAGGUAGUCUU